AUGUCAUGGGAAUCUGGAAAAUAUCUGACGAAAUUUUUAUGUGCAUCUUCAAAUGACGAGACUUCAGCAAAACAAGAAACAAAUGAAGUUUUAUCCGUGAAGAAACUUGAUUUAUUGGAAUCGACUGGUUGGUGUCAUAAUCAGAGGAAGUCAUAUGGGCUUCGUUCUCCAUUUAAACGUAAAUGUAAACAUUGA